UGUGAGGAGGCACUCCUCAGUUACUACACAGUCCCAGACUGCACCUCGGAGGCAGGGGCGGAAUCUGCAGCUGUCUCUCCAAAAGGUUUACCUUCAUUAUCACAUCCAGCCGGAGCCUGGGAAAGAAGCCUAACUGAUCACUCUCGGAAAAAAUACAGGAGACAUCAUGGGAGGCAAACUGAGCAAGAAGAGGAAAGGAUAUGAUGUGAGCGAUCCAAAAGAGACGAAGGAUGACACCACAGCGACUGCUGCUGGUGCAGAGGAGGACAAAGCCCCGCCCACAGAAGCUAAGGUGACAACUGAGGCAGGCAUUGUGGUAGAGGAAGCUGUGGGAUCAGCUGUGGCAGCAGUAAUUGAAGCUACACAGGCUCCUGCAGAGCCUAAAUCUGCACCUCCAGAAGAACCAGCUCCUGCAGCUCCGGAGGAGGCAGUUCCUGCUGUAAAAGAACCAGCUGCUGCAGUAGAAGAACCAGCUGCUGCAGUUCCUGAGACAGCAGCUCCUGCAGUAGAAGAACCAGCUCCUGCAGUUCCUGAGACUGCAGCUCCUGCAGUAGAAGAACCAGCUCCUGCAGUUCCUGAGACGGCAGCUCCUGCAAUAGAAGAACCAGCUCCUGCAGUUCCUGAGACGGCAGCUCCUGCAGUAGAAGAACCAGCUCCUGCAAUAGAGGAACCAGCUCCUGCAGUUCCUGAGACGGCAGCUCCUGCAGUAGAAGAACCAGCUCCUGCAAUAGAAGAACCAGCUCCUGCAGUAGAAGAAUCAGCUCCUGUAGAAGAAAAGGCAGCUGCAGUAGCACCAGAAUCAGCUCCUGCAGUAGAAGAACCAGCUCCUCCAGCAGAAGAACCAGCUCUUGUAGAAGAGAAAGCAGCUCCAGUAGCACAAGAACUAGCUGCAGCAUUCGAGGAGCCAGCUCCAGCAGUAGAGAAACUUGUUAUAGCAACAGAGGAACCAGUUGCAGCAGCAGUGGAGUCAGCCUCAGUAGUAGAGGAACAGGCCCCAGUAGAGCUCCCAGAGGCUACAGCAGCAGCAGCAGAGGAACCUGUGCCAAGUAAGGUUGAGUCUAAAGCUGCACCUGAAGUGCUCCUUGUAGAAGAGCCUGCUUCAGCAAUAGAAUAUGUGCCAGAGCCAGAGGUUGUUCCCAUCAGCACAGAGGAUGCACCAAGGUACCAAGAGCCAGAGCCUAUCCCAGAGAAUGUUACUGAGCCAAAAGCCACUUUGGAGGAGACAGUGGUCCCUGCUGCUGUCCCUGAACCCGAGCCAGUGGCUGAGCCAGCUGCAGAGCCAAUGCUGGAGCAAGCCCCAGAACCAGAGCAGGCAGCACAGCUUGAGUCAGAGCCAGAACAAGAAUCAGUGAAAGCACCCGAGCCAGAACCUGAACCAGAGCAAGCACCAGAGCCGGAGCUUGAACUAUUACCAGAGCCAGAACCAGAGCAAGUACUACAGUCAGAGCCUGAGCAAGUGGCCAAUGCAGUGGAAUCUGCAGCAAAGGAACAAGUAGAAGAAGUUGAGCCGGAACCAACGGUGGCCACGUCUGAGGUUACUGAAAUUGAGAAUGCGGAAGCAGAAUCAGCUGAGGUCUUGGAGACUGCAGCAGAGAAGGUCCCUACUGCAUAUCAGCCUGUAGAAGAGGAGUUAGUUGCAACAGAAGCCCCCAGCACUGAGGCAGCAGCACCUGAGCCAGUAGCAGCAGAACCUGUCCCUGAGAUUGUCAUCUCAGAGUCCGUCUCUGCCAAUGAAAUUACGGCUGAGUCCGAAGAGGUAGCCGAGGCCUCUGUGGAAGAGAUGCCUUGCCCAGAGCCUGAGGUAGAACGCAAGAUGGAAAAUGGAGAUAUAGAGAGCCCUUCUGGUGCAAAGGAUGUGGCAGAGAUAGAUGCACUUCCAGCUGUGAAUGGAGAUUGCACAUAUUCCGCUGCCACACAGAUAGAGGAAUGUGUUAAUGGUAGUGAAAUGCCAGAGGUGAUGCCUAUCAAGGAGCAGAGUGACUUUGAACUGAAAAAGGAGGUGAACCUGAGCGGGGCUGUCCAGGAAGUUCCCGAUGCAAUCUCUGACAUGGCAGAGGGUCUCUGCACUGAGAUCACCCAGGCAGUCUGAAAAAGAAGCCAUCUUUCAAAUCAAUGUGAAUUCAGUUUAAUCCUCCGAUGGUGCAAGAAAGCCAUCAAGGUAUCACAAACACAGCUAGGCUUUCUGAAAUGCUGUAACCACUGCAAUGUCUAAAGUGGUCACUCAGGCAAAAGGAAGUUUUCUUUUGAGAAACCAAAAAUGAAAUGCAACCACUUCAAGAUAGAAAGAGACAGAGAGAGAUAAAUAGGAAGAGAGAUGGAAGUGCAGAGAGGAGACUUGAGUUUGGAAUUGGAGGGUGAGCUCAGACAGAGAGUAAAAAUUUGGGGCAGCAGAGCAAAAACUAUUGGGCAGUAGAUAUGAUAUUAAUGAAUGGAAUGAAUAAAUCUGUCUUUGUGUGACCGCCCAAUGAAUAUUACAGAGUGGUUUAUUGGAACAGCAUUCAUUACUAGUAUAUUAUCUGAUUUAGAAUGUCAUAUAUCCUUUCUAUUACUGUAUGCAGAGACAUGACAUAAACGUUUGGCCUUUUAUAAUAAUGGUACCUGUGAGGACUGUUCAUUUAAAUUGAUUGUUCGGAAUAGAGAAUAAAAAGAGAUUGUU